AUGUUGAAGAUGAUGUCAGGAGCCGUGCAUGCCGAACGCGUCAUUCGCCCGCCGCCUCAGAACAGCACGAUAUCGAAACCGAGGGCGGUCUACAGCAUAGAUCAGAUCCUGGGCAAUCAUCACCACACGCGAAGGAGUACUAGCACCGUGACCACUACCAAUAACAACAACAACAACAACAAUAGCAUCAGCGUUAACAAUAACAACAACGCAGACCAGGACAACCCGCUGAAACGCGAAGGCUCCCCGGUGCUCGAGCAUGGUGUGGACGUGGACAACGACGAUGAGCUACCGAUCAUCGGUGAUAUCGAUCCGUUGGACAACGAUCCGAACGAUCUGGGACGGCCGAGAAAAAUUCGCAGAUCUCGGACCACCUUCACCACCUACCAGUUGCACCAGCUCGAGCGGGCCUUCGAGAAAACGCAAUAUCCGGACGUGUUCACCCGCGAGGAGCUGGCCAUGCGGUUGGACCUGAGCGAGGCGAGAGUGCAGGUCUGGUUCCAGAAUCGUCGGGCAAAGUGGCGCAAACGGGAGAAAGCUAUGGGUCGGGACACAUCUGCCUUCCUCCAUCACGAACAAGGUAUGCCGGAGUUUCCACUGGCCCUGCCGCUGGCUCACAACCUGCCCCACCACCCGGCGCUGCCGGCCGAGUUUUGGCCACCGAACUUUGGGCUCCACCCGUCGCUGAUGCCGGCCGCCGCCACCCACACGCUGCUCCACCCGAGCGUGCUGCCCAACUACAAGAUCCCGAACUUCCACGCCAUCCUGUCGCAGUACAUGGGCCUGAACAGCCUGUUCGGCGCUACCGGGGGCUACCCGCAGAACCUGAGCGUCAACACGCGCAUCAGCCCCCAGCACAGCCCGAAGGAGAGCCCGACCCAGAACACGAGCAACAGCAGCGCGGCCAGCAACACCUCCAGCAUCAGCGUGGGGGGUAGCACCAACACCAGCAACGAGUGCCCGACGGUGGAGAAGUAA